AUGUCCAGUCCACCAAACUCGCUGCAAGCGUCUAUGCACGCUCCAAAGCCAUCAUCAGCCAUCCGCCCGCCGUCCUUGAACCAGCUCGCUGCUCGUAUCAAUCUCGGCAGCGGUACAAACUCGCCGUCAUCAUCCCCAGCCCGCCCCCGUCUCGCUGCUUCACUCCUGCGCACGGGAUCGCAAACCUCACUGUCUACAACGUCCACGAACGACUCAAUAGUCGUUAAUGCCCCUUCCACUCGCUCGGUGUCUCCGGCGCUCACCGCUAUGACUGCCGCCACACCACCGAAAUCUACGACCCCAUCAAUACCAGAGGAUGCGCCACUCGCAUCCUCAGAACCUUUGACGCAGGAGAACCUUAAAGAACUCAAUCAGGAGUCGAAAACUGAGAAGAAGGUGAAGGGGUACAAGAAUAUUCCAUCUCUUGACGCGAUAACAGCGCACUUGGCUAAAGCGAGAUCGCUGAGCAUUGACGGGUCUGCGCGUCCACCGGACGCUGAGCUGGUGGAGGAUCCAAAGACACCAGGAGCUACCAUGAAAGCGCCAGAGCAUCCAUUACAGUUUCCUUGGACGAUCUACCAUGACUCGAAAUCCAAAGCGCCUCUCGCUCAUCCAAAGGGAGUCGCUGAAGAGGGCGGCACACCUUUCCUUUCCGCCCCACCCGAGACAGAAGACUAUGAAGCUGGUCUGACUGUCAUUGGAGAAUUCAAUACGGUGGAGUCCUUCUGCCGGUACUUCAAUUGGCUGAAACCACCUUCCAAACUGGACCGUAACUCCAACUAUCACAUAUUUAAAUCGGGAAUUAAACCGAUGUGGGAGGAUCCAGCAAACUCCAACGGUGGCAAGUGGGUCCUGACAAUGAAGAAUAAUUCUGCACUUCUAGACCGCUGCUGGACAUGGCUUGCGAUGGCACUGGUUGGUGAGGAGCUUGAGGAAGGGGACGAGAUUUGCGGUGCGGUGGUUAGUCUUCGAAGCAAGGUCGACAGGAUUCAAGUAUGGACGAGGAGUAAAGAUGACGUCGAGAGGCUGAACGGGAUAGGUAAAAAGCUGAUAAAGCUUCUAGACGUAUCUGAAGCGGAUAAUAUUGGUCUCGAGUUCCAGUACAACACAGAUGACCGACCGCUACCUAACAAAUUCCUCUUCAUACAGUCCGCUCCGGCGUCUUCCUUCCGCUCCUCAUUCGGAGUUGCAGCUCAUGGACACAAAGGAUCGUCUGGAGGCAUCAUCAGUCCAACCAGCGAUGCUGGGACUCCGGCGAGUGUUGCUGCUGCUGCUUUUGGGAGCUUCGGCAUGCCCAUCGGGGGCACAACUGCCUGGAGAGGAAAGCGAUGA